AUGGUUGAUGUGAGGCAAUGGAUUUGUGAUGUAAACAGCUAUAUGCGGUCGACGAUCGCGAGCAGCACCCAUGCAGAUAUACCAGCCCAGCGCUACAAUAUCCGCACUGAACGUAACUCGUGGAAGACGCCGGCCGCCGCCCGAUUUCUUGAACGGUUCCAGGCCCAAAACGUUGGAGUCACGCUGGAUUUCCCCGAGCCAAGGAGCUCAUCACAGGCGCGCGCCAAGCUGAAAAUGCAGCUGCUCGAAGACCAAAGAUUGCUUAGCCAGAAAAUGCUGGCUCUUGGACAGGCACACUCGCAGCAAAAGUGUAAAUUGCUUGAAGUUGCUAGAAACACUAGUUCGAAACCUGUUGUUUCCUUGCCAACCGGACCAACACCGUCCAGCUUCAACAAUUCCGAUACACCCCUUCUACGAGAUGCCACGAACCAAAAUAGCAUCUUACACUGUACCACCAGCACCACCACAAGCACCAAAUGCUGUGCCCCACCACAGGGGAAUCUCGUGGUACAAACACAUCCGCGCGCUUUGUCUUCCAACAACGAAUGUCUGACCCAACUUCCAGAGACAUCGGACCAAAUCAGCCAAAGUUCGCGUUCUAUUAUCAAGCACGUUCCAGAUGAUCCAGCAGGCAAUUUGUACCAGUUGCAUUCCGCCGAUCAGCUGCGAAAGGAGAAUCUACGAAACGAUGUGAUUGCGGAGCAUGCCCGAGACGACACUUACACAUUGUUGAGUACUUCAAUCUGUCUUGGUCUACCGAAAGCGCUAAAUGACGCUUGCAUCACUCCCGGUGGAAACCGUGGACGGUGCGUUCUCGCAGAGCAGUGUCCUUUCAUCAGGGAACAGUUGCAAAAAAUCAGCACAAUCCAGGAGUACCGGUACGUGACCUCGUUCCACUGUGGUUACGAUCCGACGAGCAGGAAGCUUCUGGUUUGCUGUCCAAGCUUUAGCAACGCCGAGGACUGCGGGACGAUUGGCUUCUCUGAUCGAAUCUAUGAAGGUACGGAGACGGAUCUCGACGAGUUUCCGUGGAUGGCUUUGUUGGGUUACCGAAGAAAGAACAAGACAAUGUUCCGCUGCGGAGGGUCGCUGAUCAACGAUCGAUACGUGCUGACUGCGGCACAUUGUGUGACCGAGAACGACGAGUGGAAACUGGAUUUCGUUCGACUUGGCGAGUGGGACUUGGACACUAGCCCGGACUGUGUCUACGACUAUUUUGGAGAGCUGCAUUGUAACGAAGUUCAUGAAGAUUUCGGAAUUCAAAAAGUGAUCGUUCAUGAGAAGUUUACCAGAAAUGUCUUCAAUAUUAGGAACGAUAUUGCACUGUUGAAGCUUGACAGACGAGUUGUUAGCACCGAGUCCAUAGCGCCAAUUUGUAUCCCAACCCAGAAACAAGCUGAUAGCUUGAACAUCCAACAACUUCAGCUUUUCGUUGCUGGCUGGGGAGCAACGGAAACAGAAGCCAACAGCAAACGCAAGCUGAAGACCAUACUGCAGGGCCACGCCAUGGCCAGGUGCGCCAAGGUGUACCGGAAGAAGGUCAACUUGUUCGCCGAGAGUCAACUUUGUGUGGGUGGAAAACGCGGGCGGGACUCUUGCCGCGGAGACUCCGGCGGGCCGCUGAUGGAGAUCUUCCAGAAUCGGUGGCACGUCGUCGGGAUCGUGAGCUUCGGGUCGGGCCUGUGCGGAUUGGAGGGAAUGCCGGCGCUUUAUACACGGGUGGGGAGCUUUCUAGACUGGGUGGCGGGGAAAAUUGAGCUGGAAAGUCGAAGGUGA